AUGUACUAUCUCAACGACGGAUUGUUCGGUUCGUUCGACUGGCUGAAUCCUCGCAAGUACCCGCCGCAGGUCAUUCCCGGAAAUCGACAGCUGGUUCGCUCGAGAGAGCUGUUCUCGACGACCCUGUGGGGCCCUACGUGCGACUCGACGGACCUGAUUCUGUCGGGAAUGGCCAUGGAGGAGCUGCAGAUCGGGGAUUUCCUCGUGUUUGACGAUAUGGGAGCGUACGGAACGGUGCUGGCGACCAACUUCAACGGGUUCGCUAAGCCCAAGGUGAUGGUGUACAUCAGCAGGAGGUCGUGGGAGCAGCUGGAGCUGGAGAAGCGAAACAGGCGGACGAAGCGGAAGGGACAUUGAUAGAAUGCAAAAUUGUUUGUGUCUUCUCAAUUCAUGUUUGCAGUUUUACCAGUUUUUGUUUAUCAGUUUUCAUUUAUUUAUUAUACAUAUUUAUUUAUUCUAGUCUAGUCGCAGGAUCAAUAUUUUUUUAAAUUUAAUCCAUAAUUUUAAAUUGUGCCAAAUAACUUUACGCACAGACAAUGUCUGUGGUUUACGUCUGUUCUGUAUAACAGUUAGCAAUUUAAUUAGCCCUUCAAUGUGUCACUCUAAUAUUAAUGAAUCUCGUUAGAUGUUAUUAUAAAAUA